UCAGGAGAUACAAGACCUGAAACAGAAACUUCAGAAACAGGCAGGCAGAACUGGUAUAACUCGAAACCUGACUCCCCAUACCCAUAAAGCCAGUUUACAACACCACGGUAAAAGCACCUCAGAGUCCCAGGCUAAGACCACUACACUGAAACAGGGUAAAACUCUGACUACCAGGAAACCAAUUGGAAACCAGACUCUGUCCAGUCAAACGAAGACCUUAGUUAAGCCAGUAGACAAGCCUAAGAAAUUCACUGUAAAGAACAGUUCCAACAUUCCAACUUGUAACCCUCCUUCACAGCUAACCAAUAACAAGACAGCACAGUCUGUUCAGAAUAAGCCAAGUCCUCGAUCCAGUAAAACCUUUGUAGUAAUAAAAGCUCAGAAAACUGCUAGUUUGCCAAACUCUGCUUGUAGCACCAACUCUGAAAUUAAGUUGUUUAGAGAAAAGUAGCAGCUCGAAAAAUCCAGCGUUCUUGGAGACAGUACAAAG